UGAAUCGAUGUGUGUAUACAUAAGUACAUACAUACAUUUGUGUGUUGUGGAGGUUGGAUGUAGCGUUAACUGGUUUAGUAGAAGGCUCACUUUCGUUGUGUUUGGAUGUAUAACAUACGAAUAAAAGUGUAGAGAAUUUUCAACAAAAAAUAAAUAAAACAUUAAACUAAAUUAAUAAAAGCACUGCGUUUUACUUUAAAAGGGAACAAGUAAUUAAAAUAUCCAUACAUGUGGGUGUGCAAAUACGAAUUAGAAACAAAUAGUACGGAUCCAUUCAUAAUAUGAAUAUGACAGAUUCUGCAUUGUUGAGAGCGUUAUUAGGCCAUUGGGGAGUGCCUGAUUUGUGGCCACUUCUUCAAGCUGAAAGCAUUGGCAUCGACGAGCUGAAAAUGAUGAAAAACCAUCAUAUCGUCGAACUACUACAUUCCUACAAAUUGGGUACACGCAUACGAUUUGAAUAUUAUUUCGAGCGUUGGCGUCGUGAUCAAAACAAACCACUGCUAGAUGAUGUUACACCUAAUCAAUACCAUUCCACAUGCUCUGCUUCGGCGCCAUACACAAUGCGCUUACCGCAUUCGCCGCCACAGGGGGCUCAUAAAAAACAGCAAUCACGUGCCACUAAUACCGUUACGGUGCGUUAUGCCACCGUUGCGACAAAUACAUCAGAUAUGAUGCUUACAGUGCCAACAAAGGAUAUAACACCACCAACACUUGUCCCCCUUAAGGAUACUAGCUUACGUGAAAUGCCAAAGCUUACACGUCAACACAGCAUAUUGGAGGAGAGUCUGACGACGCCGACUACAACGAAUGCGGCGGCUAUACCUAAUGCGACGACCAUGGCGACGCCUUCAUGCCCAUCACGGCUGCCCCCAAAGUUUCAAUUUGGCAGCAACGAUUCGACGGAAACCGAACAAGCUGAUACUGCGCCAUUGUUGCACAUUCUCAACUCAUCCGGCAUUAAGGGCAACUCCCUACUGGAAUACUAUCAACAACAUAAGCAACUGACGAACGUGCACCGCACACUGCUCAUUCAAUUGAUUGUGAAUUUCUUCGAUUUGAACGAAUAUCAUUUGUCGCUUAAAGUCAGCCAUAGUUUGGAAGAGCAGAUUCUGAAACUCUUUCCGACUGAAAAACUCGAAUGCUAUCGAACGGAAAAACGUGGUAAAAUCUAUGUGAAAUUUUGCAAUAUGAAGCGUUAUAAACGUGAUAAACCUACAUUGAAGCGUAAGUGGUUGGAGGAUGUGGAACCGGGCGACGAGGGUGCCGGUGGUGGUGGUGGCGGUAAUAUGUUAAUGGAACCAGAGGUUGGCAUCGAAUGUGGCGAUGAGGAUGUGGAUGACUACGCACAAAGUUUCGAAUACUGGCAUGCACAGCAGUCGCCUAGUGGGGUGCAGGUGAAGACUGAGUCGCUAAGCGACGGUGAUUAUUAGUGGAUAAAUUGGGGAGAAAUCGACACUGCAAAAGGUGAAAUGUAAUUAAGAAGAUUGAGAAAUCGAAUGUUGCAGAAUACAUACAUAAUACACUGAGAAAAUAAUCCAGCAGCGACAACUAAAGAGGUUUCUCUCAACACAUGACUUUUUUUGUACACUAGGUUUGUUUAGAGGCUACAUGUGAAUGCAUUAAAUUAGUUUAAAGCUAUUAAAUUUUAGUUACAGCAAUGUUAUUAACCAAAAUUAUAUGGAAAAGCACUUAUUUUCGAUGCAAAUAUAUUUUUUAUGAUUAAAU